AUGAAUGGCACAAAGAAAAUCGUAUUCGCAAUCACUGCUAAUGCUUUGGCCGUAUUAAUUGUAACUUUGGUCAACUUUAUCUUGUUUAUUAAGGGUAAAAACGAGUUUACAGUCUGGUGUAUUGAACAAUCCAAGGAUACAAUUGAAAAAAUAUAUACAGCGGAUCACAAAAACACCACCUCAUUUCCAGUAGACAGGCUUAACGGCAGUACAGACAUCUACAAUUGCGAAAGGCUUUUCCAAGAUGAGGUGAAAUGGGGAUUAAUAUGUCUGAUUGUCAUGUUCGUCGUUUAUAUUCAUUGGAUUCUUAUUAUUGCUGCUAGGGAAGCAUUAGACUUUUACCGCCAAAGAGGAUUAAUGCCCGCAAUGACGGAAUUCUCAAAUAUCGCACCAAGUAAAACAUCUAAAAAUUACAAUGUAUUUCACAGUAUCAAACCGUCUACCAAUAUUCUGCAAGACCUGUUAACGCACAAACAGUAUGGACAAUUUAUACCUGAGGAACAACUGAUACAUGACAGAAGUUCGAAUAUUACCAUAAGUGUCGAGCCAGAAAAGCUCGUUGAUGAACAUGUGAAUAGCACCGUUAUACACUUCGAGGACAACAUAUACAAUAGCAAAGAGAUCCAAUCUCCAUGUAAUGUAUUACAUAAAUAA